AUGGCACGUUUUCCUGAUUCUUAUCAAUUGAAGGAUGUAAAGUCUGAUGCUAAAGACCCAUUUAUAUCUCUUUCCUCAGCGACUCCUUAUCUCAAUAGCAAGCCUAUCCGUCUUAUGCCAUAUUUUAAAUUAAUUGAAGCCAUUCUUUUUUCGAAUGUAUCGAUUAUGAGGGGUUUUAUUCAUAUCGAUUAUGAGGAGUUUUAA